CCCGCGGAAGUUAGUCGUGUGUGGGAAAAGGACGGGAUGUUUGAAAUAGCAUUAAACACGACGACAUUUUACUGUGCCUUUUUGACGAUUUGAUCAUCUGUUGCAGAAACAGGGGAACGUCUGUUGGAGCAAAAUGUUGGAGUGUGGCAUGCUGGAGCGGGACAAACGGGCUCUUCGGAGAGGCUCCAAUAUUCUCAUCAAACAGCUAGUGGUGGAUGAGCUGCUCAUACAGUCCUUACAGGCAGACGACAUCCUAACCGAAAGCAUGGCAGAGAGCAUCAUGGCUGAGCAAACGUCUCAGAAACGAAGCUGGCGCUUACUACUACUCUUGCCAAAACGGGGACCCCGAGCCUUUAGCAGCUUCUGCUCAGCUCUGCGUGAAACUGAGCAGCAGCACCUGUAUGACCUGCUGACACAAUCCCCAGAAAAAGAUGGCAAAGAUAUGCCUGUAGAGAUUAUUCAGCCUGAGGAAGAGCCCGAGGGAAAUACAGGCCGACUUGUAAUGCCGACCGCAGAAAAGAAGAGAGAGACAUCCUCAGUAGACAGAGAAGAAGAGAGUGAGGUGAGCAGCACCUCGUCAUGUCCAGUCCAAACCUCAGAUAGCUGCCUGCGGUCAGAGUCACCAUUCAGAGGAUUAAUCCCAGUCAGGGAGGAAGACAGGAUGACAGAGAGACAGCGGACAAAGAAAAGAGGAAGAGAUAAGCAGACAGAUAGGUGUGUGGACUCUUCUCUUCCAUUUCCCACCCAAGAAGAAAUUGCUGCCAAGAGAGGAAGGACACAUGCAGAGGCCAUGGAGUUUAGUCUGGAUGCAGAUAGUCCCAUCAACACUCCUGCUCCGUGCACUCCCGACUUUUACCUCUCUCGCUGCCAUCAGUCUUACAAAAUGAAUUUCCCUCGUGGUCUUGCUUUGGUGAUCAGUAACGUGACCUUUGAUCCUUGUGCGGCGCCGGACCUCGACCCUAGAAAGGGAGGUGAGGUGGACGACGAGGUCCUCAGGAAGGUCUUCACAGAGCUGGACUACCUAGUUACAGUCCACAGAGACCUCACUGCUCAGAACAUGAGGUCGUGCAUUGAGAACUUUUGCAGUCAACCAGACCACCGGACAGUGGACAGCUGUGUGGUGUGUCUGCUCUCCCACGGAGUGGAUGGAGCCAUAUAUGGUACAGAUGGACAGCUCCUGCAGCUGGACUGGGUGUUUAAAUCCUUUGACAACGCGCACUGUCCCCUGCUACAGAACAAGCCAAAAGUCUUUUUCAUCCAGGCCUGCAGAGGAGAGGAGAUGGACUGUGGUGUCGAGCAGAUAGAUGGGCCAGCGAGGACCUGCUCACCAUGCUGUGAACAGCUGGAUGCUGGAAGGGAAGGACAGGGUGAUGCCCACUGUAGACAGAGAGGGGACAUUGGGAGGCCCAGGAUUAAACUGCCCCAGCGGUCUGACAUGAUCUGUGGCUUUGCAUCGCUCAAAGGUCAGAGAAUUUGCACAGCAGCCAUGCGGAACACCAAGAGAGGAUCCUGGUUUAUCCAGGAACUUAACACAGCACUGCGCCUCCAAGCCAGAGACACACACCUUUCAGACAUCAUGGUGCAGGUCAAUAGGCGUAUUAAGGAGCGGGAGGGUUAUGCUCCUGGCACCGCCCACCAUCGCUGCAAAGAGAUGUCGGAGUUCACCAGCUCAUUGUGCAAAGACCUCUACCUUUUCCCCAAGUACCAGCCCCAGUAUUGACUAAUACACACACACACACAGAGAGCAUUCCUUGCAUUGAAGCCUCUCAAUAAGGGCAAACAAUGUUCAUUCCACUCCAAUUACUGCCACACACUCACACAUUCCUUAGUUACAACUUCACUUCCAAACAGGAUUGAUUCAUUCAUAUUUUCUGUGUAAAUACUGCCUCCUCAGACAUGCACAAACACACACUUGUGCAUACACUCACAUCAAUCUUGGAAAUAAAAAAGGAGCCAGCUUAUGUUGCUUGCUUAUGUCAGCUUAUAUAACACAUUAGCAUACAACUUACUUGUGUGUCUGUGUCAAUGCUAGUUAGAGGAGUUUGUGAUAAUUCUUUUUAGACAAAGACAGAAUCGUAUUUCAUUGUUUUCCUACUGCACAGCUACAGUACUUUGAGGUUCCACUCUCUCUUUUUAAGAUGUAUUUUGUACACAGAUC